AUGAGCUGGGUUGUGGAAGAGUGGAAAGAGGGUCUUUCCACCAGAGCCCUUCAGAAAAUUCAUGACCUUGAAAGUCAAGUUGAGAAAUUUAAAAAGGAACGUCAGCAAAGGCAAUUUCAGCUGGAAUCUCUGGAGGCAGCUUUGGAAAAACAGAAGCAGAAGGUGGAUAAGGAAAAAAAUGAAGGCGCAACCUUAAAGAGAGAAAAUCAGAAUUUGAUGGAACUUUGUGAUAACCUAGAGAAAAACAAGCAGAAACUUUUUCAUGAACUUCAGACGAAAGAAUCACAAAUUAACUUUCAAGAAGGACAGCUCAUUUCAAGCAAGAAACAGGUUGAAAGUUUAGAGCAAGACCUUAAAAGAUACAAAUCUGAACUGGAAAAACAAACAAAGACCUUUGGCAGUGGAGAUACAUCUUUUGAAAACACACCACAGAGAAGCAACACUUGCUCUCCAGCAACAAUCUACAAUGCAAAGGAGAAAAAGUUCAGAGGACUCUCAAAUGAGCUAAACUGUCAGAAGCAAAAUUUUGAAAGUGUGCAGUGUGCUUUACAACAGAAGAUUAAGGACAAGGACCAAGAGGCAGCUGUUUCAGCCAAAGACAAUCAGGAGCUGAAAUUCAUGCAGAGGACAGAGAGUCAGUGCAGUAAGAUUUUCACAACAAAACAACAGUUUGAAAAAAAUGCCAGGGACUGUGCACAGAAAUUAAGUCAUCUUGAACAAGCAACAAAAAUGAUGCAAUUGAAGGAAACAGAAUUGAAAGAAAAUUAUGAGAGAGAACCGAAGCAGAAGACUGAUCAACAGAAUCACCAAGAAGUUCAGCCUUGCUCUGAGGCUGAUUUGCUUCAAUUGCUGGAAAUACAAAUCUGCUUUGCCAGCAAAUUUCCAGCUUAUGCUUCCCAUCCUGAGCUAAGGUGCAGAAUUCAGGAACUAGAAAAUAAAUUACAAAUUCAGACACAAGACAUGAAAGCCAAGGUUAUGAAGCUUCAGGAUAAUCAGCUGCAAGUGGAAAAGAUGCAGAUGGAAUUAACUGAAAAAGAGAAAACACUGAACAAAGCUAGAAAUGAAAUAAUUAAAAUUAAUAUACAACUAGAUCAAACGACUGAUCAGGAGCAUAAAGAUAGGAGUAGUUAUCACAGGAGCACAGAUUUUAUUUAUGAUAAAAAUUGCUCACUGGAAAAAGAAUUAAAAUUGCUUGAAGAAAAACUGAACAAGCAAGAUAAUUCUGUCAGUUUAGAAAAAAUGAGACUUGCUGUUUCUAAUGUUGAACAUGAACGAGAUUCUCUCCAGCAAAUUGUGAAGGACAAAGAAAAUGUAAUUGAAGAGCUCAAUAUGAAACUGGAAAACACAGAAACUCUGCAGAAAACUGCUUUAGAAUGCGAAGACCUUAAGAAAGAGAUUAUGAUUCUUUCUCAGUGGAAAAGCAAAAGCAAACAACUCUUGAAUGAACUAGAUUUAGAAAAAGAAGAACUAAUGAGCAGAAUACGCAGUUUGGAAAGUGCUUUAAACACUGAGCAACUUAAACAUCAGGAAAAGGAAAUUGCUCUCAAAGUUGAACAUGAACAAUUUAGUGAACAGCUAAACAUUUUUGAGCAGGUGGUGAAAGAAAAAACAAUUGAACUGGAGGCACAAAGGAAAGCCUAUAGUGACCUCCAACAAAAAACAGCAAUGUCUGAGGAAAAACUACAGAAAGAGAGAGAAAACAAUUCACUGAAAUUAUUUGAGUUCACCAGAGAAGUGGACACCUUGCAGAAAAGACUCAACUCUGAAGCAAAUGAAGUGUUAAAAAGGGGAGAAUGUAUUGUCUCCCUUGAAGCAUCCUUAGCUUCUUACAUGCAAGUAAAUGCAUUCCUUCAGAAGCAGGUUGAAGAACUGGUCCAAACCAGGGAUGAAAUAGAAAGAAGAUUUGCUGAAAGAGACGAUCCAAAGCAACACAUCUUCAUUCAGGAAAUGAAACAGCAGAUCAGUGAAUUACAAGAAAUGGUUCUCCAAAAGGAAGGCCUGCUUUCCGAAGCAUUAGCAGCUCUUGAAGGAAAAAACAAGAAUCUACAAAAGUUGAUUGAGGAAUCAAAUAGGCAACAAACAGAGAUUCUGGAUUUAAAAGAGGGUAAUGUGCUGCUUAAUAAUGUGCAACUAAAAGUUAUGGGCUCAAAGGAGCCAAAUUUACCUAUCAAAAUAUCCUCAGAACAAGGUGAAACAGAAGAACUUCAGAAUGAAAGUUCCAUGCUUGAGAAUACUGUCAAUAUUUUGGAAGAAAAAAACACCAAGCAAGACAUUUCCAAAAGUUGCAAAGAAAAGAAGGAAAGCCUUUUGGAGUUGUCACGAAGACAGCAAGAGGGGAGCUUGUUGCUGCCAGAAGCUGAUGAAGAAGUAGAAAGGAAAAGUACAAAGGAAGAUUAUUUAGAAAGUGUAAGGAAUCAGACUUGCCAUUUGAAGGUGCAAAAAGCCAUAUUUGAUACACAAGAAAAACAGUUUAUGAACAAAUGUGAACAGGUGCAGAAUAAGCCAAUGUCCUUGGAGAAGAAAAAGAAUACUUUACUUUGGCAACUUGAAAAAAGACACUCAGUAUCUGAAGAAACUAAUAGUUUAAGACAGGAGGGAACAGGAGAAAAUAACAGGCCCUCUUCUGUAAAUAUCUUGCUGCAAACACUGGUCUCAGAAAUGAAAGUAAGUGAACAUGCAGCGCUUGACUUUGUUUUAAAUGAACCAGCAUUGGAACAGCUGAGGGUAUUUGUAGAAGAAAGAGAGAAUGAACUUAAGAAGUAUAAAGUGAAGCUUGAACUGCUUCAAAUGGACCUUGAAGACAGAGAAAUUUCUUUAGAAAAUUAUGCUGAUCAGAUAAAGGACUUGGAGAUGAUAUUGAGAUCUAUGGAGAUAAAAAUGGAAGAAAGUGACAUGGAAAAAGAGAAGUUGCUGCAUAAAUUACAAGUACUUAAAGAUUUGCAAAAUUCAGCCUUCAAGAUGACAGAGAGAAGUGAAGAUGACGAAUCACCAAUGUGUUUCAGUGCUGUUAUCAAGGACAAUUUUAACCUACAGAAAGAUGCCAAGUGUUCAUCAGUUCCUCAUGAUCUGAUGCCCAGCCAAAAUGAUUAUCUCCAAUUAGUAUCUUCCCUACACAUGACAAUGAGCAAGCUAAAUGAAUUGGAGAAAAUGUGUGAACACCUGCAGAAAGAAGACUCAACAUUAGCAUCACAGCUGAAAGACUCACAGUUGGAAUGCAUCAUAAACACAGAUAUUAUGAGAAAAGAAUUAAUAGAAAAAAUGGAUAGGCUGAAAGUAGAGACUAUUUCUGUUUCUGAUAAAUUAAGAGAGAAGAGUAAAAUGGAAUCUGAUAUGAAGGAAGUCCCCUUAAUAACUCCAGAAGGUUAUGAGGAAUUUGAUUACAAAUAUUUGAAAUUAAUCAACAAAGAAAUCAAAACACAGUUGAAUGAAAUCAAGGAAAAGAUCUUUUCUUUGAAAAACAAAUAUGAAAUUUUAGAUAUUCAAAACCUGAAUAUGGCCUUUGAAUCAUCAGAGUUGGAAUCCUACAAUGAAAUGUUUAAAGAUAAAAAUAUUACAUUGCCAAUAAAUCUCAGCAAAGUUGGGCUGGUUUCUUUUCCAGCCCAGAUGACAGUCAAUAAAGAAUGUAAAGCAUAUGGACAUUUUUGUAUGGAGACUCUGCAUGAUAGUGAAAUCUUCCCAAGUACAAAACGAAUUUUUAUGGAGUCUGAUUUGGACAACGGUGUGUCAUCAACUGAAAUGGAACAACCACAUCAAAAGAGACAAAUUGAUUUGGAAGGUACUCCUGAACAAUUUAAUAUUGCUGAUGAAUUAUAUAGCAAUGAUGCCUGGACCUUCCCCACUAAACUAAUGACUAUCUCCCAAUAUUUUCAAUGUGAAUAUUGUGAAAACUCCUUUAAGAUGCUUAAGGAAUCAUUUAGAUCUCAUAAGAUUCUGGAAAGUAAGGCGAUAGAAAAGAUUCAAGAGCUGUUCCUUUCUGCAAAGAAGGAAGUAGAUGGUCUACAAAAACGCAGUGUAGCUGGCAAUGAGCCCUGGCGACAAAAAGUUCAUAAAGUGAUCCUGAAAGUGGCAUCUGAACUUCCAGCUGAGAAGAAAUUUCCUGAGCUGUUCCCUCAGAAACAAGGAGAGCUACCAAAUCUUCAUUUAACUUCUCACCCAAUAACUUGUGCUGAUGCUGGCCACCCAACUUCUGCUGAUCCACCACCCUUUUGCUAUUUGAAAAUGGAUAGUUUUCUUGGGGAAAGCCUUGGACUUAAAGCUGUAAAUGAUCAAGCAGUAAAAACCUAUGAAGCAAACAGAAGACAAAAAAUUUCUGUGUAUGUAGCAGAUAUAAUAUCUAGAGAAAAAUACCUUCCACAACUAAAAGCAAAUUAUUCAUUCAUACGUUCUUCAAGAUGUCCUCUUCAGUCAUCAUUUUUCCCUUCAAAUCUCAGCACACACACAAAGUUGAUAAACCCCACAGAAAACCAGAAGGCCAUUGAAAUGCAUUGGUUAUCAAUAAAGAAAGCUGAUGAUAACAAUUCUAAGUUUUCCCGUGAGGAAAGCAAUAAAAUGAUGAACAUGGCAGUUGAGUAUCUUCAUUCAGAUUUGAAUUCAAAGAAUACAGAGUUGACUGAAAAGGAGGUUGCUUGUGGUGGAUAUAACAAAAGAGCUGCGGUUCUUGAAAAGGAAGACUUGAGUGAGCUGCUCCAAACUGUAACUUUUGAUACACCGCAAUUAUAUUUUAAUCUUAUGAUUCUUGAGCUAGAACUUAAUAAGGUAAAAUCUGAACGGGGAGUGUACAAAAGCAGAUUGCCGGAUACAACACAUACUUUAAAAGAAUUGCAAAUGAUCAAAGCAGACAAUAAUGAGAAGCUUUUUGAAGCUGAAACCGAACUGAGCAGGGUAAAAUCUGAGAAAGAAAAUUGCAAAGUUUACGCCUUGUCCAUGGAGACAGAUACCAAAAAACGUCUAUCAAAAAGUAAGCAAUUGGAGCAAGAAAAACAAAUCAACAUAAAAAAUAUUUUUGGCCUUCAGGAGCAACUAAAGAUUAUCACUGCAGAGAGAAACCAAUCUAGUCAAGAUCUGACUACUUUAUUAAGGGAUAAAGAAGCAUUGGAUCAGGUGUGCAACAAAAUGAAUAUAAAAGAGCUUGACUCAAAUCAAAUGGAUUCUAUUGAAUUUAUCAAAGUAUUGGAAGCUGAAGAUAAAACCCAAGCAAAAUUGCUUCCAGCUGUUAAGGCUGCAGAGGAUCAAUUAUCACAUGAAAAUGUUUGCUAUAUGGUGCAGUGCCAGAAUCUGGACAGAGUUAUGAGGGAUCUCAUGUUGGAAAAAGAGGCAGCAGAAAUUCAAAUAAAAAAUCUGACUGAGGCAAGAGAAGUGAGCCUUAGAAAAUACGAAAUCCUACACAGCAAGCUAAACAUAUCUGAGGCCAAAAAUGCCAAGAUAUCUAAGUCCUUGGAAGGUUCACUAGCAGAAAAAGGUGAACUUGCAGCACGGCUAAAUUCUGCACAGGAAGAAGCAAAUCAUUUGCGACAAGGCAUUGAGAAGCUGAAAAUAAAAAUAGAAUCUGAUGAAAGGAGCAGGCUUCGUCUGGCUGAAAAGUUAAAAGAAAGCAAUCGAAAAGCUGACACUCUCGCAGACAAAAUUGAGUAUCUGGAAAGAGAAUUAGAUAUGUCAGAGGAGAAUUUGGAAGAUGCAAUUCUUAGAAUGGAGGCAGCUAAAGCAGAGACUGAAAUAAUGAUGGCUGAGAUAGAAAGGAUGCGUGUGAGCCAACAACAUUUAGAAGGUGAAGCCAAAGUCUUUAGGUCAGAGAAAGAGACUCUAGAGAAAAACAUGAAAGAAAAACAAGACAAAGUAACUUGUUUAGAAGUUACUAAUUUUACAUUAGUAAAUCAACUGAAAGAGAAUGAAAAAGAGAAGGUUCAAAUUAGAGAUGAAUGUGAGAAUGCACUAAGAUUAAAGGAAUCCCAGCUAAAAAAAAUAUGUGAAGAAAAUAAACUUCUUUAUAGUGAGAAAGAAACUUUCAAAUCGAAAGAACAGGGUGUUGUUUGUGAAAUUACUUCCCUCAAACAUGACAAUAUGCAGUUGGUUGGAUAUCUGGAAGAAGCACAGUCCAGUAGCUCUAAAGUACAGCAGUUGAUGGAAGCUUUCAUCCAGGAACUACAAAGCUUCAAACAAACACUGAAUGAAAAUGUUUCUGUUUUUGAGCCGUUAGUCAAAAAUGAAUCUUUGCAAGCUAUCCAAGAUGACUUACAGGUGUCUUUCAAACAUAUCAAAGCAAAUAUAGAAGUCACACCAUGUGAAAAAAACAUCUUUGAAAAGACCAACAGCCUAAAUCAAAUGCUUCAACUCCAAGAAGAGUAUGAUUCUUUCUGUCAUUCAAUUCAAUUGUGUUUGGACGCCUAUAAAAUGCUAAAGCAGGAAAAAACAGUAAUGGAGAAGCAAAUUCAUGAACUUGAAACUCAGAUGAAGAUGAUAGAUCCACGUUUUCAGGGGGAUGUUGGUGCAGAAGAAAUCAGGUUGGAGCUAGAAGAAUUGAAAGAAUCGGUUGAGGAGAAAACCAAAGAGGCAAAUCACAACUUGGAAAAGUAUUGUGUACUGGUAAUCAAGCAUGAUAAAUUAGAAGAAGAAAAUGAGAUGCUAAGGACACAGGUCUCGCUGUUAAACACUUCUCUCAAGCAGUUAUUAAAUGACACCAGUUCCUCUCUCCAAAGUUCUCAAAACCCAGUGGAAAUCAACAGGCUUCUUACAGAAAGAGCAGAUGUGUCUAAGAUCAUUAAGAAGAGAGAAAGGUGUGAAGAAAACAAAGUCAAUGGUGAGAAUUCACUUGGAAAAAUCUAA